GCGCUGCCCACCCCGUGGAGCCCAGCGGCGCGCUGAGGCUACAAGUGCCACGGCUGGGAAUCGGGGGACUUUCCCUAGGAGCGGCGCAGGAACGAGCGCGCGGUGCUUGAGCCACACGUGGUGGUCAAGGCAGGGGAAACUUGCCUUCUUAUUUGAGGGAUCCUGUCACAGAAAUGUGUGAGUCCUUGGAUAAAUUUGGCUUGGUGACGGCAAUGCUUCCUUCAGAGACACUGUUACUUCCUCCGUGCUCCUUUUCUGCCCUGACCUAAGUUUCUCAGUGUCAGUCCCUCUGCUAAGUCAGAGGAUUUGCCCUUUUCACACUUUCCUGCCACUAGGUAGCCUCUCCUUUCUUUUACCCUUUUUUGGAGGCACUGGGGCUGGAAGUGUCAACAACGGUGCCUGAAAAGGAGAUGGGGACCUCAAGAGCGAUACUCCUGGUAGUGCAGCCUUAGGUCCUGUUGGGUUCUUACCUGUGUGGUUUUUGGCCGAAUUUUUGGAAGCUGCUGGGGGAUGUCUGACUAGCUCUGAUGGAGCUCCACUACCUUGAGAAGAGGAGCAGCCAGGCAGUCCUGUGCGAUGCUGUGGACUGGCAUUCAGGAGGGCUUCCUGGUGACCAGGCAGAUGGAGCAGCCAUCAAAGCUGCUCUCUGCUGCCAGAGACACUGUAUGUCGACACCAAGAGCAGCUGAGAUGGAAGGGUCUAAACUUAGCCCUUCUCCAGCAUCCCCCUCCUCCUCUCUGAAAGACAGUGUUAUUCAGACAGACUCUUUGCCACCAGGGCCUCUCAACUCAGGGAAUAACAAAAUAACGGCAGGACGGAAAGUCUGCAACUGCUGCAGCCAGGAAUUAGAAACUUCUUUCACCUGUGUGGAUGAGAAUGUCAACUUAGAGCAAAGGAACCGGUGCUCCCCUUCAGCAAAAGGGAACAAUCAUCUGGGAGACCUUGGCUGGGCAAAUCCAAAUGAGUGGUCUCAUGAGGCUGCCAUAUCCUUGAUAUCUGAAGAUGAAGAUGAUGUAAGUUUAGAAGCCACGUCUUCAGGGAAGUCAGUAGACUAUGGUUUCAUCAGUGCCAUCUUGUUCUUGGUCACUGGCAUCUUGCUGGUGAUCAUCUCUUACAUUGUCCCACGGGAAGUGACUGUGGAUCCCAACACGGUGGCGGCCCGGGAGAUGGAACGCUUGGAGAGGGAGAGCGCAAGGUUGGGGGCUCACCUGGACCGCUGUGUGAUUGCAGGACUCUGCCUGCUCACACUUGGGGGGGUCGUUUUGUCCUGUUUGCUAAUGAUGUCUAUGUGGAAAGGCGAGCUAUAUCGUCGCAACAGGUUUGCCUCUUCCAAAGAGUCUGCAAAACUCUACGGUUCUUUCAACUUCAGGAUGAAGACUUGCACUAAUGAAAACGCCCUGGAACUGUCCUUGGUAGAGGAAGAUGCCCUUGAUGGACAGAGUUAAUUCAGGUUGUGAGCCUACUGAGAGUCUGCGUUAGCGUUUUAUAUGAAAACAAACAACGCACAUUUCUUAAAAUUAACAGUGCAGUGUAUUUGCUUGGCAAGAAAGGCUUUUUUCCCAAACCAACAGCCAGUGAGUGUUUUUGUUCUAGGUGUAUUUUUUAUUUCGAAGAAAAGCUAUGUAAGAUGCAUUAAGGAACUACAACCAGCUACACCUGUCCUUCUUAAGAACUGAGAUUAAUUCAUCUAUCAUGGCCAUCAGCUUCUCCUUCUAUAGCAAAGUAUUUCUAACAACCAGUGUACAAAUAAUUUCUUCUCCAUGGUAUGGGGUAUUAUUCUUUGGACAUUAGUAGGUCCUACACACAGUAGGAUCAAUUCGGUACAUAUUUUGUGAAAAAGAACUUAAGCACUAAUCACAUAAUAAGGCUUACGUUUAAUUCUCAAAGGUGCUUAUCCAUUUUCUUGCUAAAUUUUUUCUUCCUCUAAUUUGGCUGAACACUAAAAUCUAGGGUUUUGAAUUUGAAUAUUUUGAAGUUUGAGGAUGUUGAUUAUUUAAAAAAAUGCAGAAACACAUCUGUUAUAUUUAAAACUAUUCCUGCGCUCAGAAGUGGUAACUAAGUCAUUAGAAUAAACUUUCUAGUAAAGAAAAAUAAUAUAAAUCAUUAUAAGACCAAUCUGAAUUUAACCCAGAAUGGUAGUGCCAGAUAUUAGCCAGUGUUGCAUGCUCAUUCUCUAGAUGAAGUAAAAUUAGUUGCUUAUAUAAAUUUCAUUUUCCGUUUGUGGUUGAGCCAUCAGACUAGUUACCCAGGCUCUAGAAGUCUUUCUUGGUUCUCACACUAGAGAGGCAAAGCAUAAGACAUUUUUAAUAUGUUUCCAGACAUAUAAACGUCUAGGUAGGUCUAAGUCAUGACUGGCUCUGACACACACCCAGAUGAUGUUUUGUUGUUGUUAUUUGGAGAAAUACAAUUGCAAUACAAUUGCAGUUAGACUCUUAGAGACUAUGCCUAGAAGUUGGUAUCACUUCUCUAGGGCAAGCAACAAGCCAUUUGGCCCCAGGAUGGCAGCCAAAAAAUUAAAAGAGAAGAGUGACAGAGAGAAAGGGUAAACACAGUGAUUCGGUGGGAACUGCGUCCUCACCAAACUUACCACCCCCUAACAGUGGUCUAAGUAUCAUUUUUUUAAAUUAUUUUUACAAUUUUAUUUAAAGAUUUAAUUUAUUUAUUUGAGAGAGAGAGACAGAGUGGGGCUCCAUCCCAGGACCUGACUGAGAUCAUGACCUGAGCCGAAGGCAGAUGCUUAACCAACUGAGCCACCCAGGCGUCCCAUAAGUAUCAUUCUGAGUUCCUCAUCCAUGCUCUCAGUAACUGUGAAAUCUUGCCUCAUGACAUUCAGACUUGCUUGAUGAGAGGCAAGAUGAGCCAAGUGGUCACAACUUUGCAAAACACACACCCAGAGUCCACACUAACACCCUGUCUCUGUAUGGUUAUGGUUCAGAAAGGGAUAGGAAGUGCAGCCUCAGAGGUAGCUUGCAUUUUGCAAUUAAUCCUUGAGGUGUUUCCAUCCUCCCACAGUAUAAGAGUUGUUUUAACUUCCAUCAAUGGGGUCAUUCUUAAAGAGGACUGGAAUUCGGAAUUUGGGGUGGAAGGGCAGAGAUGGGGAAAUGAGAACACAAUUUCUUUAAAGAUUCUAAAGCCUAAUUCUAAUGCCUAAAGUUUUUGUUGUUUUUGAGGAUCGUGGAAAACGUGGAUGACUUUGGCUGGCAGAGUGUGUGAGUCAGGAUAGUUAUGUGAAUGAGUUCUUGUGGCUGUCAGAUUCUUCUGAUGAGCUAGGUACACUGUGGGUUACUAUGGGCUAAGAAGAAAUGCAAAAAGGUAGGAUCAGAGGAUAGUAAAAAUAGAGAGGGCAGGCAUGUGAAAGGAUUAAUAGUUAAAAAUAAGAAAUUAUGUGGACAUCAGAGGAAGCUAGAUAUAGCUCAAUUUGGAAAUAAUUGGGAGAAUAUAAAGGUGAUUUUUGUUAUCUACUGCUGGUUCUUUGUGCUUUUUGAACAAAGUUUUUGUUUUACUGGGACUCUUACGUCAUGGUUUCUGUUGAAGCAGUAUAAAUUUCAUUUUCUGAAGGUUUAUGAAUUGUCAGAUUCUAGCCUGCGUAGGGACCCACUUUGCUUAAAGUUGAGGCAAGAAGUUAAUGAUAUCCUUGGCUGGGCGAGUAGGUCUGAGCUGUGUGUCUUUUUGAAAAAUACAUUUUAAAAAAUUCAUGCUUGUUCUUAGAAGCUAAGUGGGAUCAGCUGAGCUUUGUUUUAUUUAUUGGUGAAACAUGAUUAAUUAGCUAAAUUGCAGACUAAACUGAAUUAAUGUGCAGCCCAGUUUUCAGUUCAUGAAGGAAGACAAAUUUGAGAAUCAAGUGUUAGGAAGUGUUUCAAUUCUGUAUAACUGGAUAAAGGAGAAAAAACCAAAGCUUUUCAUUGGGAAACAUUUAGUGAAUCUCACAGCACUACCAAAUUACGUGUAGUUCUGAUGUGAUCUAAAGGAUCUCUCCCUUACUCUCUCUCUCUAUAUGUAUAUAUAUACCCAUAGAUAUAUAGAUAUAGAUAGGGAUACAUAUAUAGAUCCCAUUAUACCUAUAUAUGUAUCUAUAUUUAUCUAUAGAUAUAGGUAGGGAUCCCAAAUAGGGAUACAUAUAUAGAUAUUCCAUUAUAUCUAUAGAUACAGAUAUCCCAUUAUACAUAUAUAUGUAUCCCAAUUAGGAAAAGGUAUGCAUGAGGAAAGACCUUACAAGUCAGAAUAUAUUUCUUUCUUUCCUUCCUUAAAAUUUUAAAAUUGAAAUAUUGUAAUUAAUGCUUACUUAUUUAAAUCUGUUCAUAUAUAAGACACACCUCUUUAGGGUUCUACUUAUGUGAUGGCAGACCAUCACUCCAAGAAGACCCAAUGCGGAGAAUCAUCCAGGUGUCUCCUUUAGUGCUGUAUUGACACAGUUCAGCUAACUGCCUUAAUCACUUUCCUCCAGUAUUCAGGUGUGUAGCUCCAGUCCAUCCUCUCAGCGCCUGAAUUCAAGAUGAGGAUUACUUGAAUUUAAAGUUGGCAACACAGGCAACAAAAAACCCUGAACUUUAGACUCUGUUGUGUCCAACCUGAUAAAGAGGUUCUUGGCUCUAAACGUCUUUAUUUAGAAGUCCUUUGGCAAGAUCAGGUGAUAAAUGCUAUAGACGUUGAACCGAUGAGAGCUGUGGUGUUGCUGGUCUUGGAUCCUUCCUGGAGGUUAUGACCUUACAUCUAUCUCUUGAACAUGGUGCUGGUUGUUGUUUCUGAGAGUUUUUAUUGCUAGACCUGGAACAGCAACUUUGAUUUUCAGAGGUCCAUGUUUAGGUCUUUAACUUUUUGUCAGGUUUCAAAAAACUAAACUGAGUCACUUUCCUAAUCAUAAAAGAAAGCAGCUCAUUGUUCAGUGGUGUGGUGGUCCGGGGGGGUGAGUACCAGAAAGAAAGCUGACUUUCUCCAUUACUACUGGGAUCUAUGUGCUGCUUAUGGACAGUUUCAUCCUCUUAAUGACUUUAAUAAACUGUUCCUUCUUAGGGCACCUUACACUGUUUGUGGCAGAGCUGAAUGUUUUCUUUGCAAUUGACUGUACUUUCUAGCCAUUUAGAGCUCCUAAAGCGGACCACAUCCUGGCCCUCUUGUAGGAAGAAUUCUUUUCUCUAGGCUCCCCAUUUCGUAACUGAUUUAUAAUUUAGAGGAGUAUAGGACUGCUUGGAACCAUGAAAUUCUUGGUGGCUGUGGUGCUUUUAUCUACAUGACUACUAUGCCCCUUGGCUCUAUACUACUAGAGACUCGUCUGAUAUCAGUAUCAGAUGCUUUGCUGUCUGCUUAAUAGAUCUGAGUCCAUCCCUCUCAUACUUACUUGUUUUGGGGACCCAAUUGGACCAAUGUUGGCACAUGUCCUUUGAGGUGCAAAUUUAGACAGAGAGACUGCCCUACUAAUUGUGCCUUCCCUUUGCCCCCCUGGUGUAAGGAUAGUGAUCGACCGAGCACUCUGCCAGUUGAAUAUCAGGAAUUAGGGUCUGAACCCAAGUGGCUCUACUUUUGGUACUUCUUUGUGCCAGGCAGAAAUUCUAGGCAAGAGCAUUUGAACAUUUCAGCCUUCAUCUUUGAUAUGGGCAAUGACAGGCAUGUACAAAAACCUUACCUGGAUUAAUCAUCUAAAGUUAAAGAAAAAAUGUUCUAUAUAUUUAUUAGGAGCAGGUUUUUCAGUCUGAAGGUCAGGGUCCAUUGCAGCAAUUACUGCUACCACAAAAAUGUGGUCUGACAAAAGAGAUUCACAACCUUCACCAGUGGUUCACCGAUUCAGCAAGAUUUAAUACCACCAGCUAGGUUCCCCUGUGACAAAGGAAUAAGACAGAUCCUUAUAGUUCUCUGUAAUGGGGUUUGACCUUUCCCAGAAUUGGGCAUGAAGAAUGACUACAAUGAAAAGAAUUAUAAUGAACUCUCACUGGCUUUUCCCAGUAUAAAGGGUUCAUAAGAAAGAAAAUUAACAUGUCGUUAUCUUUCAACUGGUUUUCAGCUAUAUCAUUUUAUGGUUCAUAGUAUUCUAGAAUAUUCUUUCCUUCCAACUUUUAUGGGCAGAAGCCAUGGGAAACAAUUUGCCUGAAUUGU